CAGGAAGUGUGUGCAGCAAGGGAAGCUGUGGCAAAAAUGGCAGCGCAUAGGUGCGGUUUGUCUCUAGUAUUCAUUUUGAUUUUCUCUAGUUUAGCAUGCCCCAGUAGUUGUGACGCGCUAGAAAAAGCAAACGAGAAUACAGGAGAAAAACAGAGCGUUUCAGACACGCCACGAGAGGUGAAUACCGACGGCAGUAUCGCCGCAGAGGAUCUGAAUGAAAGGCAAUGGCAGUCCACUGAUGUUGAGGUGGACAGAAGCGAUGGCACCAAAGACAGCGAGUCUUUUACAGCAGCAGCAGCGAGAGAUCAGUUUCAGGAGGAGCUGGUCAUCCGGCCCCUGCACUCCGGAGACAUUUAUGCCAGCUUCCAGUUCCGCACACUGUGGGACAUUGACUUCCUGCAAGAGCGACAGAAGGUUUCUCAUUACCGGCUGUUCCCCAAAUCCCUUGGUCAAGUGCUCUCCAAGUUUUCAGUGCGAGAGCUGCACAUCUCCUUCACCCAGGGCUUCUGGAGGACCAUGCAGUGGGGGCAGCCCUUCAUCCCCUCUCCACCUGGAGCAGAGCUGUGGGUGUGGUUCCACGACACAGUGAGCGAUGUGGAUGGAAACUGGAAGGAACUUACCAACGUCCUCUCUGGAAUCUUCUGUGCAUCUCUGAACUUCAUUGACCUGACCAACACCGUACAGCCCAGUGCUUCUUUUAAACCGCUGGGUCUGGGAAAUGCUACAGAUCACCGUUUUUUACGUUAUGCAACAUUACCACGUGAAAUCGUCUGCACUGAGAAUCUCACACCCUGGAAGAAGCUUCUCCCUUGUGGUUCUAAGGCAGGUCUGUCAGUUCUCCUGAAGUCAGAGAAGCUGUUUCACAGCAGUUUCCAUUCCCAGGCUGUUCACAUCAGACCUGUCUGUCAGGAUGAACAGUGCACAAGUAAAGCGUGGGAGCUGAGACAAACUCUAAAUGUUGUGUUUGAUCUCUACACUUCAAGCCAAGGCAAAAAGGAAUGGUCUUUGUUCAAGAUGUUUUCUCGAACUUUGACAGAGGCUUGUCCUCUUGCUACUUCUAGUAAAAUCUAUGUGGACAUCACAGACAACCCUGAGGGGGAGCUGUUUGAGUUGAAUCCUGUGACUCCUCUGCUCAGCCAAGCUGUGGUGCUGGGGGAUCGUAGGACAUAUUCCGUGUUUGACCUGACCAGAGCUGAGACGUUUGGCCAGCUAUGUUCACUCAAUCUCCUUCUGCGCUGGAAAGGAGACAGUGGCGAUAUGCUGCGUCCCCUGCUGCAUGCAGAGCGCUACGUGGCUGGUUUUGGGCUGCAGACAGGGGAAAUCCACACUGUCAUCUAUAACAACCAUCCAUAUCGAGCUUUUCCUGUGCUGCUGAUGGAUUCAGUGCCCUGGUACCUGCAAUUGUACAUUCACACCCUGACAGUCACCAGCAAGUCCCGUGAUAACAAGCCCAGUUACAUUCACUACCAGCCUGCUAAAGACCGCCAUCGUCCUCAUCUACUGGAGAUGCUGAUCCAGUUACCCCCUCACUCUAUGACAGAGGUCACUGUACAGUUUGAAAGGGCCCUGCUCAAAUGGACUGAGUACACACCUGAUCCCAACCACGGAUUCUACGUUGGUUCAUCUGUGGUCAGCGCCCUUGUGCCAAGUAUGGUUGCAAUGAACACCAACUUCACACAAGACCAACCGUUGUUUAGCAGUUUUGUCCCAGUCAAAGAAGAAUCAAGCUACUUUGUGCGAGUGUACACCGAGCCACUGCUGGUAAAUCUACCCACCCCUGACUUCAGCAUGCCCUACAACGUCAUCUGCCUCACCUGCACGGUGGUCGCGGUGGGCUACGGCUCCUUUUACAACUUGCUGACCCGCACCUUCCAGGUGGAUGAACCGAGCCUACCGCUGGAGAAGCGAUUGGCCAACCUCAUCCGUCGCAUACGGGGAGUGCCACUGCUGGCCUAAACUGCCGAGAGCAGGUUUGCCGCCUGAAAUGUCCAUAUUAGGCAGCGGAGAGCAUCAUGGUGCUUAAACGGCAGCUGCUGGAGUUUUAAGAUGCUUUUCAGCCCUGGAAAGACUCAAUGCCAAGUGACUGUUCUGAACUUCUGUUGAACAAAUGAGCUGCCAAGAUGGAUUAGCCUCCUUUUUAUGUUUUGUUUUGUUUGGGUUUUGUUUUCUGAGUCACAUAAACAAAGAUUAGCCACCUUCUUAUGUUUUGUUUUGUUUGUUUUCUGAGUCGAAUAAACAAAGAUUAGCCACCUUCUUUUGUUUUGUUUGUUUUCUGAGUCACAUAAGCAAAGAUUAGCCACGUUUUGUUGUUUUGUUUUGCUUUGUUUGUUUUCUGAGUCACAUAAGCAAAGAUUAGCCACCGUUUUAUGUUUUGUUUUGCUUUGUUUGUUUUCUGAGUCACAUAAGCAAAGAUUAGCCACCGUUUUAUGUUUUGUUUUGCUUUGUUUGUUUUCUGAGUCACAUAGGCAAAGAUUAGCCACCGUUUUGUUUGUUUUCUGAGUCACUUAAGCAAAGAUUAGCCACCAUUUUAUGUUUUGUUUGUUUUCUGAGUCACAUAAGCAAAUAUUAGCCACCGUUUUGUUUUGUUUGUUUUCUGAGUCACUUAAGCAAAGAUUAGCCACCAUUUUAUGUUUUGUUUGUUUUCUGAGUCACAUAAGCAAAUAUUAGCCACCGUUUUGUUUGUUUUCUGAGUCACACAAGUAAAGAUUAGCCACAUUUUUGUUUUUUGUUUUUUUCUGAAUCGCAUAAGCAAAGACAUUUUUGCAAUGUUGUUUUGGAAAAUGUUAGCUUGCUGCCACGUGAACAUUUCUCAAAGGAACUGCAUGGUUCGGGCAUCUGGGAGAAAUAUACGUGGAAGAGGGAUGUUAAGUCCUCUCCGUUUACUCCACCCUUUUGAGAGCGUGACCAGGCCUCAUAGAAACACAGACACUACAAUCCAACUACUGAAAAUGGAUGUCUAAGAAUGUGGCAAAUAUUUUCCAUGUUCUGUAAUGCACUGAUAUUUAAAUAUGUGUUGUUUUGAAGGAUUGGACUUUUUUUUUUUUUUAGUGUUUUGUUUUUAUUCUGUGCUUUUGCCUGUGGGCUGACCGCAUAAUGACCUCCAGAUUGGGUGUUAUUGAGUUGAAAUUUUGAAGAUCUUAACACUGGUUAACUUUCCCAUAAUAAACUGACUAGAAACCCA